UUACCAGCUUAUAAACACGGACUAAGAUGUCUUAGUAUAUCUUAGUUUGUGGUCGGUGCUUAUAAUUAUCGAUAUCAGCUGAAGAGUUAUCAAUGAGAACUAUUGAUAGUAGGUACAUUGAUAACACUGAUAAAGUGAUAAUGACAAACGUGGUGGACGGUGUUUCUUGUUAUAGUUGCUUGUAAUUCAUGAUUAUUUUUAAUUUUCCGAAUUUUUUUCGAUCUCAAGACGGAUAUAGUGAUGUUUGAUGACAAAAUGAAAACUGUAUCGGAAAGUGUAGAUGCGUCGUCAAAUAAUACCGACGAUGUUUCACUUGACCAAUUAGUUCUUAACAAACCAGAAAAACGACCACUUAAUGAAGAAUCUGAAGGAAAUUUAGAUAAUAAUAUCGAAGAACGAAAAAAAAGUAAGAUCAAUGACGACGAUGACAUCGAAAAUAAUGGCCAACUUACAACGUCAAAGAGACAGAUUAAAAAAUUACAAAAACAUCAAAAAUGGUUGGAGCAAAAAGAAAAACGAAAGUAAAAUGUUAAUUAAAUAUGUUAUUUUAUAAUUUCCUAUUUAUUCAAUAGAGUAAUGCAGACAAUUGUGUAUUUUACACUAGAGAAUUUAAUAAAGAAAAAAAACAAGAAAAAAAGAAAUGGAAAGCACAAAUGAGAGAAGCUGGUAUAGAAAUACAAAAAAUAAAGACAACAAAAAUGGCAGAAAGUACAUGUAAACAGCGUAUUGUGUUGGAUAUGUCGUACGAUGAUAUGAUGUCAGAUAAAGUAAAAAUGAUUUUAUAUAUAUUUAAUAAUAAUAAACAAUAAUUAUAGUUUUUAAUACAUUUUUUUUUUUGUGAUCAGGAUUUAUGUAAAUGUUCUAGUCAAAUAUUAAGAUGUUAUUCUGUAAAUCGUAGAAUGGAAAAUCCUAUGCAAUUAUACAUUUGUAGUUAUGAAGGAAAAAUAAAAGAGACUAUGGCUAAACACAAUGGAUCUGAAUUUUGGGAUGUAUGUAUAAUGGUUAUUGAUUAACAAUAAAUAUUUAUAUUCAAGUAUCUAAUUUAAAACAAAUAAAAGCUUAAAAAAAUUAUUGAUUAUAAAAGACAAAUGGUAAAAUAUUGAUUUGGUAUUGAAAUAACAGUUGAUUAAUAUUGGGUAUGCCCACAUUCCACACAUAUUUUUUUUUGAAUUAUACUUGUGUUAAGUUUAAACAAUUAUAUGUAAUAGAAACCUUUUAGGAAAAAAAAAAAGAGGGCAGAGUAGGUAGUUUUCCACCACAUAGCUUUUUAACGUUUUUUUUUUUUCAACUAUUUUGUUAUAAUAAAUUAGGUAUUUUGAUUAAAAAAAAUCUAUUAUAUAUAAAAUGUAUGCUGAGAAUUAUUUACCUUUAAAAUUGUUAUUAUAAUCACUAGAGUCCGGAAAUUGAGGAUAUAAAAAUCUUUAAAAAUUGCACUAAAAAAAAAAGUGUUGAAAUGACUCAAUAACAUUAAAAAAUCAUACACGUAUAAACUAAGAACCCUACAUUUUAUAUAAAAAAAAAAAAAAUGAUGUAAUAUAAUAGAUGUAUAUUAUUGUGGGUUAAAAUAUCUUAUAUUUCUGUCUGUCCAACAUUUUUUUCAAUUUUAUUAUUAAAAAUUAACAUAUUAUGCACAACUAUUAUAGCUCAAACUUUAAGCAAGAGAAUGUAAAUCUACAACAAUAUAUCUACAGCAAGUAGAAAAAUGAAUAAAAUGCAUUAAAAUUUUUUUAAAGAAAAUUUCAACCUUUUAACUGAGAAUUACACAAAAAAUGUAAAAUUCAAUUUGUAACAUUGAAUUCUGUGUGAUAAAAAGACAAAUUUCUAUGAAGACAAGCCUUGAAUAAAAAAAUUAGAAAAAAAUAUGCUAAUGCUUGCUUAUAAUUCUAUAUAGGUAACAACUACAAUAUGCUAAAAUAAAUCAAUGAUAUAUAAUGUAUAUCAUAUAAAAUAUGAGAAUGUCUUCUGGACAAAUUUAAAACAAAUAUUUUUCUCUAUAGAACAAUAAAUAAUCUACAAGAAGUACACUAGGUGAAAAUGUUUUUAUAAUUUAAACCUGAUUUUCAUUUAUCAAUUGAAAUAAUAUAUUGUAAUAUCUACUUUUUAUUUAUUGAUUUAUAGAUAAAGUAUAUGGAAGACUCGUAUGACAAAGUAUUCAAAAAAGAAGAAAUUGUAUAUUUGACCAGUGAGAGUUCAAAUGUUUUGGAGAAUAUAGACGAAAAUAAAGUGUAUAUAAUUGGAGGUUUAGUCGAUCACAAUGCAUUCAAAGUAAAAUAAAUGAAACUAUUAAUUUGUUGUCAAAAUAUUUAAACUGUUUAUUUUCACUAGGGAGCAAGUUUAGAAGCAGCUGAAAAUUUAGGUUUAGCUCAUGCUCGAUUACCUAUUGACGAGAAUAUCAUGAUGAAAACUAGGAAAAUCUUAACUAUAAUUCAUGGUAAUUUCAUAUAAAUAAAUACCUACUAUAUUUAAACAAUAUCAAAUACCAAUUUAAUAUAUUUCAUCUGUCAUGUUCAUAAUUGUUACUUAUGUAAGUUACUUCUUUGUUAAUUAUUACUAAAAUGUUGAUAGGAAAAACACUAAAAACUUAUUUAAAAAAUUUAUAGUAUAAUUUGUAUAGAGAAAACUGUAUAUAAUUUUAAUAUUUCUCCAAUUUUUCUUAUAUAUUAUCAAAAAAUUAAAGUCCAUUGUGUACAACAUGCACUUAUUUCGCAUUAAAAACCAGUAGCAACAAUGUCUUAGAAAUUUAGUCAAGCAAAAUAGAUAUCAAGAGGCAUCAAUAACUAAAUACAGCAUAGUUUAUGUUUAUGCCCAAAAUUAUGUUUUUAUUUCUAUGAUGAAGUAUUAAUUUGGUUUGGCAACCCAACUUUGGCUCAAAAUGAAAUAAUCCUGUGCUUAAUCUUCAGACGGUUGCGCGCACAGUAUUCACACCGCCUUUAAGAUAAAAUUACUAAAGUCAUUAAAAAUUCAGUGCAUCUUUUCGGCACUUCUUGGUAUUUUCUAAUAACUAAUUUAGAUAGCAUGGUCGAUAUAGCUUGAAUUCAUUCUAACAAGCAUUUAUUUAUUAACUUAAUUUGGAUAAAAACAUGAAUGGUGUAAUUAUCGUUGCAUUCCUGCCUUAAGAUUAAUUACUUAAAAAUCAAAGAUGCUUCAAAUUUUCACUUGAUAGAUAACUCAUUACAAGGAAUGGUGGAGAUUAAUUAUAAUUAGUAAUUGAUAACCAUAUUUUACCAUUUUAACAGAUUUUGGAAGAUAUUAAAUUUAAUUAUUUAAUAUUGAAAUAGUUGUAUUUAUUUCUCUAAAAUAAUAGUGUACAUUAGGUUUGAGGUUUGAGAUUAAAUAGUAUUAUAUUAAUUCCAUUAUUAUUAAUAAUUAUCUAAUAUAAAGUUUAUGAUUAUCAGUUUAUGAAAUUAUAUCGAAAGUCGUUUCUGGUGUGUCAUGGAAAGAAUCAUUUAUGGAUACUUUACCAAAAAGAAAAAUGUUCUCAACUUGGGACAAUGUAGACAAUUUGGACCAUGAAAAUUGUUCUUUAAGUGAUAAGCAAGAUGAAGAAAAUAAAAAUUCUACUUAACCAAAUACUUG